AAAAAGUCUGACGGAUUCAACUAUGGCACAUUCAACUUGAGGUUCCCUCAUAGUGAAGUCACAUCCUUUUCCUUUUAUCAUGGCUUUCAAGCUGGUAGUGCUGAUGUGCGUGUUUGCCGCCGCACAGGCGGGCGUUGUUGCCCCCGCAGCCUACGCCGCACACCCGGCUCCGGUCGCAUAUGCAGCUGCACCCGUGGUGCAUGCCGCUCCGGCCGCGCCGCUAGUGCAUGCCGCACCAGUCGCUUACGCCGCCCCUGUCGCCAAACUCGCCGCUGUCGCACCCGUCGCGAAAGUCGCUGUCGAGGAGUACGAUCCCCAUCCUCAAUACAGCUUCGCAUACGAUGUUCAAGACGGACUCACCGGUGACUCCAAGACUCAACAUGAGACCCGCGAUGGUGAUGUUGUUCAAGGUUCCUACUCCGUCGUUGACCCGGACGGCACUAAGCGUACGGUUGAAUACACCGCUGAUCCCCACAAUGGUUUCAAUGCCGUGGUACACAAGGAGCCCGCCGCUGUGAAGGUAGCCGCAGUCGCUCCUGUUGCUAAGAUCGCUGCGCCUGUGGCAUAUGCUGCCGCUCCCGUGGUUCCAGCUGCCCCUGUUGUUCACGCUGCCCCUGUAGCUAAAUUAGCUGCGCCCGUGGCCUAUUCUGCUCCUCUUAUCCACCACUGAAAUAUUAAAUCCUUCUUGACUAGUCAUUAAUGUAUGAACAAGUAAUUAUUUAUUUUUAUAGAACAUGAGAUUGAAAUUAAAUUAAAAUAUAUUUUCUAAAAAGAG